GAGGAACUUAAGACAGCUGGUGACGAGAAGGCAAUCAUCCUUGGCCUCAAUAUACGCCCAGCCUGCGCCAUCGCCCGCCUUCGGAUGGCUAGGGCACGUCGUUUGGGUCAAGAGUUGGCCGAUCGAGUACGGCAAGCGGGUGCCGAUAAGAUUCUUGAGCAGAUUGUCCAUCAUCCCGUCUACUCCCAGUCUUCCUCCAUCCCGUGCGUAAUGAAGUCGAAGGGCAAACGGAAAGCCUUCUACCGACGGUGUGCUGCGGGCGAACAGCGGGCAAAGCAGCGUCGCAUGGAAGCUGCUGGAGAGGUUGUAGAUUCUCCUCUCGCUCCGCGUCGCUAUAUUGAACCCGGAAUGACUGGCAUACUGGUCACUUACAACAAUAAAGAAGACAAUCUAGCGCGCUCGGACGCUUAUCGUCUUUUAAACGAGGCACAUGAACGUUUAACGUGUACGUCUGAUCAAGCACCUCCUAAAGACCUUAACGAUACAGAAGUUCCUGUACCUCCGGCUUCUACGCAUGGUCUAGGUGACGAAAAUGAUGCUGAUAAGGAUGUCGAUGAUGAACUUGAAUCCGACCAGAAGCAGUUGCGGGAUCCGUCCAAGUUCCUCUUUCAUGCUGUCAAGACUGGCGUGGCAAAUUGCCUCUUUAUUAUGAAUCAGUCUAAAAAGUGUUCAUCCGCCCAGCUCGUUCACGACAUAUUUCGCCACGUUCUUGCCUCGGGCCAGUCUAACUCACGUCGCAUUCUGCGUUUCCAACCGGUAGCAGCCACAUGCCGACCGGAAGUAUCGGAUCUCAAAAACCUCGUCCGUCAUGUUUGGUCUAACUGGCUGCAAUUGUCCACUGAAACACCCGCCUCAGGCUGCUGCAUCUCGCCAGAUGUCCCACCUCAACGUAUGACGUUUGUAACUCGGCCACCGAAGGUUUCAAAUUGUGAUGACCUCGCUGAGAAGCAGUCUGUUAAGCCGUUCACCUUCACUGUGAACUUCAAGUCCCGCAGUUCCGAUCGUCUGUCCAAACCGGAUGCUGUGUCAGCUGUGAUUUCCGCCAUUUCUGAGGUCUCGCCGGAUUGGUCUCCAGUCUGUGCUGCCGCCGAUGUAGUAGUCAGUGUGGAUGUUAUCCGUAACGUGGCCUGCUUGAGUCUUUUGGAGAAUUUUACGGAAUUUUGGAAGUAUAACCUUCGUGAAUUGUCCCCUGUGAUUUAA